AUGCUGAACUACCUUAUGACCCAGACCCUGAACCUUCGUAUAUGGGCCAUCCUCCAUGGUACGAUAGGAGCUAGCAACGCUAGUGUCCCCCGCCUGGCAGCGAUCGAGCUGGAUAACCUCUACACGGACUACGCGACCAGGAGCCAACCUGUGGAGGCUUACGAAUUCAUUCAGCACGUCUGGGAAGGGUUCAUCCGUCUUGCGGGCCAGCUAGAUCGUGAUAGGGAUGGACAUUCGCAGCUCGCGAGGAUAAUCAUGUGGCUAAAAAAGCUCCCUCUAACGCAGCUCCCAGAGGUCAUCAUGCUAGAUGACAAUGAUGCAUAUCACGAACCUCGUCGGAUAGUCUUCCUAUGGGACGGUCUGAAUCGGAUCGAUCGUCACCUGCCACCAUUUCACGAAAGUGAGUUCUAUCCUGCAACUGUCUAUUGCACACGCAAAGCAUGGCUAACAUUACCAGAUCUCUGGAGCAACGAAGCAGAAUUCCAAGAGUACCUCAACGCACAUGCUUUCGCUGCACUACUCACCGAGCUCUAUCUCAUAAGUAUUCCGUGGCAAGCUACGGCAGCCAUAGAGGAGGUCACCGAGGGAACGAUCGUCCAAGAGAACGGCGAGGAAGUAGUAACCAGGGAUAUACGUGCGGUUGAGCAUCUUGAUCAGAAAGCUGCAGUUGCGGGUAUCUGGCUUGUGCACGCCGCUCAUCGACUCUGGUACUCUGGUACACCAAACAAUAUUUCACAGGGCGGUCCAUGGUGGCAAAAUGCGUAUAGUGGGAUGUCCAAGGAGAACUGGAGUCUCACUGCCAUGCAUCUUGAGCGUUUAUUGUUCUGGAAGAAUCAGUUCGACGAGAUUAUUAAUCGCGGUGAUGUGUCCGCCAUGACUUGGGGCAUCGCUGUAAAUGUAGUGGACAAGAUGGACACACUCCUUAAAGGUCAUUCUAGGGGAAAUUGA